UAGGCCCUCCAUGGAAUAAGUUUGACAACCUUACUAUAAAUAGAUUGAAGACUUCGAUAUAGGUUGACUGUGUAGGAACAUUUCCAAGCCUUCCGCUAGGCUUUAAUUUUGAAAGCGACACCGGAAAGAAAAGCUCCGUUCAGAAUCGUGACUUGGCUGAUUGGAGAUUUGCAGCUUUGUCAGCGAGAGGGAGGAGGCUGGUGUUGGGAGGAACAUACUGAAGCCUUGAAGCUCAAGAAGAAGGAAGAGGAUAGGACUGUGUUCCCUACUGCAGGGUGAUGGACAGAUAAGACCGCUACGAUGACAGACAACGCCCUCAUUAGCCCCUCCUCCAAGCUGUCCUUCCAGCUGGCAGCCAUCCGCGUGGUCAGCCUGCCCCAUACCCUCUACAACUCCCUCUCACAGGUGGUGAGCAUCAGUACAGUCACUAAGAAGGUCGUUGCUGCUACAGCCUUCAGCGCAGUGUGUCUCCUCUUCCUCGCCCGUCACUUCCAGAGGAGGAAAGGCAGGAAGAAGGGAGUCCAGUCCCCAGUCCAGUGGGAGCAGACGGGGACCUUGGAGUUCCUGGACCUGGUAGUCCACCAGGAGAAAGAUGCCUACAGUUUCCAGAACUGUAAGAAUAUCUACUCCUGUGGCCUUGUACCCAACGGAGGACCUCACAGCAAGCUGUCUGUGUCACUACAGAGUCUGGCCUCGGUAAAUAGUAUGAACUCAUCCUGUACCUGCUGGGAUGAAGAGCACUGUAAUGUAGUCAACAUCCCUGUUACCACGCCUGAAAACCUCUACCUCUUGGGUAUGGGGCUGUUUGAGGAGGCUCUGAGGCGGUGGGAGCAGGCCUUAACCUUUAGUGGCAGACCAGGGGAGGAGGAGACCGACUGUGCCUCUGUUCAACCGGAGGCUGGAGACUUCACAGCUGAGGAGAGUGUAGAGGACCUUAUCAGUGCAGAGUUUAUCCAUAAGAUGGAGAGCCUCCUCCAGAGAGCGUACAGACUACAGGAGGAGUUUGAAGGAGCUUUGAGCAUUCCGGAACCUUCCUCACACAGCGGCAGCCACGGUAAGACUCCGGUGUUUUGUAGCGACGAUCUGGAUGAUGAGGUGUCCUGUCUCAGAGACUCCAUCAGCAUCGCCUCCAACGACUCCUUCGUGUCUGCUGCAGAGCACAGGGAGCGGUGCAGUGCCUAUGUCCUGGGGUCUGCUAUAGUUAUUAACCCCUUCUAUGAGGAGGCCGUACGGUUGGCUGAGGAGGGAGAGAUCUCCUGCAGAGUGCACAGGACUGAGCUGCUGCAGUGUCUUGGGGACACCGACUUCCUGGCCAAGUUACACUGCGUGCGGCAGGCCUGUCAACUGAUUCUGUGUGAGAGAGCAACGAGGACGUUUCUGGCUGAAACCGGAAAGAAGAUCCUGUCUUCCAUAAUUGUAAAAGCACGUAAGAGCCCAAAGAGGUUUGAGGAAGUGUUUGAGGAGAUGAUCGUUUUCCUGGAGCACCCGGAACACUGGGAGAACACAGAGGUGGAGCUGGCCACGAGAGGGGUGAAAUACCUGAACUUCUAUGACAUCGUGUUGGACUUCAUCCUGAUGGACUCAUUUGAGGACCUGGAGAAUCCUCCCAUCUCCAUCCAGAACAUUGUCAACAACCGCUGGCUGAACUCGUCCUUCAAAGAGACGGCGGUGGCGUCUAGCUGUUGGUCGGUGCUGAAGCAGAAGAGACAACACAUGAGGGUGCGUGAUGGGUUCAUAGCCCACUUCUACUCUGUGUGUGAGCAGAUCAGUCCUGUCCUGGCCUGGGGCUUCCUAGGGUCCAAUACCUCCCUGCACGACUUCUGCUGCUUCUUCAAGGAUCAUGUGCUGUUCUUCCUGAAGGAUAUCUUUGACCUGGAGAAGGUGCGUUACUGCAGUGUGGAGACGCUAGCUGAGGACCUGCUCUUCCACCUCCAUUGCCGGUCUGAGCUGCUGUUGGCCUCCCUGGGGGCCGACUCCCGCUCCCUGGGGGCCGACUCCCGCUCCCUGGGGCACAUCAACACCUCCACCUCCCUCACCGACUGCCGGCCCCCAACUCUACCCCUCCGCCCAGGUGGAGGCAGUGAGAAGCCCCGAUGCCCAGAUCUACCCCUAGUAACUUACGGAUAAAAGAGUAUGGGGUUGACCGGGUAGAGAGACUGAAACUGCGCUAGUGUCUCAACCCAGACUGACAGACACCUCCUUAUAAAGGCCCAAUAUAAUGGUGACUGACUGGAACAUGUUCAUACCUUUCUGUCACUCAAGAAGAAUUAUUCUCUCCACACACAAUGAUCAUGGUGUCAAUGCACGUUAUAAUAUGGAAAAUCAUAAUGGUUAAAGUAACCUUGGAGUGAGUGAUGUUUUGACAGAGUGAGUUUGCAUUGUUAAUACAAACAACACUUUAAUGGGACAAUGGACAUGAGGGUUGCAAAAUUCUGGUAACUUUCCAAAAUUCCAGAAGUGUUUGGUUGGAAGAUUCCUGGAAUCAGGAGAGAAUAAGCAAGAAAUCUGGGAAUCAUACAACCGGAAUUGCAGGAAACAUGUUGGGAGAGUUACCAGAAUGUUGCAACCCUAGACAUGAUUAUUAGUCUGAUGUUUUAGAAGCUAAACACUGCGGUUUCAUUGAAGUCUUUAUUUGACUGAUUCAAGUGUGACUGGCAUCUAGAUAUCAUGGUUCAACUGUUCCCUGACAAUGUCCUCUACAAGUCUGGGGAAAGAAGGCCCAUGGCACAAAGGUUUUAUUCGGUCAUUUCAUUAGUCUAAUAUAAACAUAUAAAGUAUAGGGCUUACUGCGCUGGAAUGUUCAUAAAAAUGGGGCAAGUCAAGAGGGAGCUACGAAAUUAAAAGUCAAAAUGUAGUUCUCUUUGCCCUAUCAUUAUAAAUCACGUAGAAUUAUUCAUUAAAUCGUUAACUACAAUAUUAUAAUCUUAAUGAACUUGCCAGUGUUGAUUUAAAUAAGAAGGUUAAUUUGCAGUUACCAUUGCUCGCUAGUUUCAACGGCGAUUUACGGGAAAGACAGAAAUACACCAUCAAACAGGAACAGGUUGUCUUUGGAGGGUGGAUAUUGAAAUUGUCUGUUAGCUUUGUAAAAAAAUAUAUAUAUAUAUUUAGUCCCCAUUUUUUGUUUUGCAUUCCGCGGAUUUCAUUUAGAAAAAGCCCAUGUAUUCACUCACGAACCUGCAGCCUCUAGUUAGCGGGUCAGUUGACGUUGAAAGUUAGCGCGGUUCUGCCGUGGAGCAGUGACCACAUCCCAGUCACUCUAAACAUGACCACAUCCCAGUCACUCUAAACAUAACCACGUCCCAGUCACUCUAAACAUGACCACAUCCCAGUCACUCUAAACAUGACCACAUCCCAGUCACUCUAAACAUAACCACGUCCCAGUCACUCUAAACAUGACCACAUCCCAGUCACUCUAAACAUGACCACAUCCCAGUCACUCUAAACAUGCUACAUUCUGAGUAGAGACAUGGGGUUGGGGAUGUUGUUUUUCUGACGCAACUCUCUGUAGAAUGGACAUAUUUGUAUAAACCUUGAAUUAAUUAAUCAUUUUAUGGGUGAACACCCUAUAAAGUAAUGUAGGAAAUAUGAGCCCAAGGUUCUGUACAUACCUUCAGCACUGUGUUCAUUUUUGGCACUCUUUUUAAAAUUGAGUCUAGUCUUAAUUAUAUUGUAGUCAAAAUGAGAAAAUAUGGAGAUCUAUACAAAUCAAGUCGAUAGUGGGUUGUUAAAAACAAAAGUUCGUGUCGCGUACCGGUACCACCAUUCGCUUUCCUGGUGGCCCAUAUCGCUAAAGCAGUUGACUCAAACGACCGUGGGUUCGAGUCCUCCUUCGCAUCAAGCUUUUGGAAAACAGUUCACUGCUGGUCCAUGCAUUUGACGAAAUGGAUGAUUCUAAUAAUGCAUCUAAAAUGUUUUACAUGUAAGUGUAGGUUUACACGUCUACGGAAUAUAGCCUCAACUCUGAACCUCUGUCGUAGUAAAUAUAUAUAAUGUUAUAGCUUGGUCUGACUAAAAUCUUGUGCAUGACCCAUCUUG